UGAUUUGUGGAGGAGUGAGCGAGACGACUAUAUUUGGUGUUUUGGGUGUAAUUUACAAGAAUUUUUUUGUGCCCAAGCCUCCUCCAAAAUACUUAAUUUUCCGAAUAAUUGCGUGUUUUAUGCAGUUAAUUUGCAUGUAAUUGUCUUUAUUGUGGAGUUGGGUGUUGUGCAGAAGUGAAAAGUGACGUCAAAGUGGACAAUUUUAGUGGAAAAGUCAAUGUUUUGAGGGGCUUGGCGCCAAGUGGAAGCCAUUCAGCGUUGUCAAAUGUUGCAAAUUUUGCAGCGUCUUUCUCCAGCAAUUAGUGAAAACGCAAAGAUUUCCUAAGGAACAGAUUGGACAGUGGGCAGAGGGAUUGGAUAGAGUGUGAAAGUCUGUGUGGGAGAUUGGGGAAAAACACGGUGGAUUGAUGUUGAUCCCUUUCGGUGGGGGAGGCAACAAUCCCGUGAAGCGGGAAGAUUCUGAGUGAAAGAAAAACAACAGCAACAUGUUCUAUGCUCACAUUGUUUUGGCCAAGAAAGGGCCCCUGGCCCGAAUCUGGCUGGCUGCCCAUUGGGACAAGAAACUGACCAAGGCACAUGUCUUUGAGACGAAUAUUGAACAAUCAGUUGAUGGCAUAAUGCAGCCCAAGGUGAAAUUGGCUCUCCGGACAUCGGGGCACCUGCUGCUGGGUGUUGUCCGGAUCUAUUCGCGCAAGGCCAAGUACCUCCUGGCGGACUGCAAUGAAGCCUUUGCCAAGAUCAAAGUGGCUUUUCGGCCAGGAAUUGUGGAUUUGCCCGAAGAACACCGGGAGGCUGCUGUAAAUGCAAUCACCCUGCCCGAGGUCUUUCAUGACUUCGAUACAGCCCUCCCGGAACUCAAUGAUGUGGACAUUGAGGCACAGUUUUCGAUAAAUCAAUCCCGGGCGGAUGAAAUUACCAUGCGUGAGGACUACGGCACACUCCCCAUGUCCAUUCAUGAUGACGGCUUUGGAGACAUGGGCUUCGAUGCUGACACUCCGGACCUGGCACGGGAUGGCAUAGAUCCCAAUAUCGAUGAAAAUCUCUUUGGGGAGGAUCUAGGUGCCAGCAGUAUUGAUCAUACCAAGGAACCCGUCCCGGGAACGUCACGCUCGAUGAUGCAGGACAUGCCUCAGGGCGCCAUGGAUGAUGGAUUUGGAGAGGAAUUUGGACAACCAGCAGCUGGACUGUUUGAAGGAGACAUCUUCACGGAUGCUCCGAUGGCUCCAGCGAGCAUACCGCCAGUAGCACAGCAAUCGGAUUCGGAUUCAGACGAUGACAUGGACCAUUUUGACGGAGGAGCUCCGUCGCCCAGUUCGACGGACUUCCAGCCCCCAAGUGUGAUGCCAGGAGUGGCUCCGGGCGAGUUGGCUGGCAGCAGUCCGGCACAUCGCUCCACAUCGGUUCUCCAGGCGAUGUCUCCGAGUGCUCUGGGGCACCUCGAGGGUGAACACCAGCUGGCCCUGGGUCCGGAUGGAAUGCCCACUGGUCAGGAGAGCGAGCACCUGGAUGAGCAGGGAGGUAACCUGACGAAUGAGGAAGAGAGCUUUGCACUGGCUCCCAUCGAUGCCACGGCCCUCAAAGGCGUCACCAAGGCCAAACGGAAGCGCAAGCUGAUCGUGGACGAGGUGAAGAAUAUCUCGGGGGAGGAAAUGAAGAAUCAACUGGCCAAUACGAGUGACAUAGUCACGACGCUGGAUCUGGCACCGCCCACGAAACGUUUGAUGUUCUGGAAGGAGACGGGUGGAGUGGAGAAGCUCUUUGCUCUGCCGUCGAGGGAUAUCCCUGCGAGGAGUUUGUUCAGCAAUUAUCAGCGCAAUUUGGUGUCUCGAGGGAUUGAUCUGGAGGAUUUCUCGAUGCUGGGUCCAGCUGAAUUGUUGGCCCUGGAGCAGCAACGGCCGGAGGAGCCGGAAGUGCCGGUGAAACGUGGCAGAAAGAGGAAGCAGGUGCCGGAAGUGGAACAACCACCGCCGCCGCCACAAAUACAACCACCGCAGACACCACAAACACCAAGCAUCCCAGAGCCGGAAGUUGCCAGAGAGCAACUGUCGUACGAGCAGUCGGUCGGAUCGGUGAAUGUUGGUCGUCCUAGUGAGUGUGAUCCAUCACUGAUGCCACCGCCGCCCACGCCCAGUAUGCAUCAUAUCUCCAGUCCGCACAGCGGAGUCAUGGGACCUCUGACUCCGGGACUGCCCAUGACACCUGGAGGACUCCUCAUGACACCCGGAAUCUCAAUGACGCCGGCGGGGAUGCAUGGUGAUCUGGGGGGACUGGAUCAUGGGGGCAUUACACCACAUCACGCCAUCGAGAACAUGGAGUCUAUUCCCAAUUUGCCAGCUGACCAGGUGUCCUCCAUCCUCAAUGGGACGGCGAUGGAGAACAUGGGAUUCACCAACAUGGGCUACGAAGGACACACGACACCGCGAGCAGGGAUGUCAGAGAGGAUAGCCAAUGACUGGAAUGAGGACUACGACUUUCCGCAAUCUGUUGGCCAACUGGGCGAAGAACAAUUGGAGAAUGAAACGGACGAACAGUUUGAGGAGCGAGUUCUCAAUAAACGAGCAGCACAAAUGUUUGUGGCUGUAAAGAGAAAACUCCUGAAAUCUGAAAGUAUACAACUCUCCGAAAUGACUUACCGCAAUUCAAAGAAACAGGUAAGUUGUUUCUUUUUUUCUGGGCGAAUUUGUGCUUUUAGGACAUUUGUUGCUAAAGGAAAGAUGACUUUUUUCUUUUCAGGCUGCUCAGAAGUUCUACUCUCUGUUGGUUUUGAAGAAGUUUCAGGCUCUCGAAAUCACACAGAGUGAACCUUUUGGUGACAUUGCUGUGACUAAAGGUGUAAUGUUUGAUAAUCCCAAACUGUAGUGAGUCUACUCGUGAAACAGUAAGUCCAAUGUAUUUGAGAAUUUAAGAUUUAUUUUGUGUUUGGCUUUGUAUUUUUGUCGUCAGAAGAAAAUUUCAAUUUUCAAUUUAAAUUGGUUUUUGUUUAAAUUCUUUUUAUCUUGAAAAUAUCAACAAAAAAAAAUUGUCAUGAAUUUGUUCUAAGAAUUUUAUAAGACAAAUUGCAAUUAUGAAAGUCAAUGGCAAUUAAUUCAGUUCAAUGGAGUAUCAACAACUUUGUUUUGGAUAUUUUCUUUUUGUCACUUUUACAGUAAAAUUAAUUCUCCUUUUUUUUAUUUUACCCACCUUGAACGUGAGACAUUGAAGUAGGUUGAUGGGAAAAAUAACAGAUUUAGAAAAAAAUAUGGUUAUUUUAAAUACAUUUUAUUAUACGGUUAUUUGUCCGAAAAGCAUGGAUAAAUUUUUAAAAUUGCAUGAAAAUGUCAACUUUUUUUUUAUUUUCUAUUUAUUUACUUAACGCAUCAUUGAUUGAGAAGGUAAUUGGGAAAAUGAAUGUGGUGGAAAAUUAAUUUUAUUUGAUAAAAAGAAGACAUUCGAUAAAAUGUUAUUGACCCAAAUUUUGCAUCAUACAAAAGAGAAGUGUUUAAAUUUAAUUUGAACUCGUAUUUAUAGAUUUUUUUUUGUUUAGGUUAAUUGAAUAUCAUUUCUCAGAGAAUAAUUUUAAUUUUUUAUCAAAAGAUCCAGCACGUUUUUUUCUGUAACUUACGAAUUACACUGAUUGGUGAAUUUAAUUGAAAUGAUUCUUUUGGGAAAUUAAUUAGAAAAGAUCCGAUAUCGCUAAAGCGAAAUUUAUGCUUUCUUCUCAUUAAAUUCCUCAAUAGAUUUUCAUUAGAAUUCAUUUGAGUGUAAUUCAAUAAGCAAUUAAUUAUUCUAAACAUCAAGAGUUUUAAUUUAAUGAAUUAAUAUGAAUUAAAAAAAAAGAAAGAAAAAACAGAAAAUCACAAAAGCGAUAAAUAUUCGUGAAAUUGAGAUAAGACAUUGUACAAAAAAAAAUCUACAUUUUCUAAAUCAAUGGUAAAUAGUGUUUAAGUAAAACAAAAAAAACUAGCAAAUAGAUUCAGUGAAAUUUAAGAGGAACAUCUAAAAAAAAAUCUUUAACUUUAUUUAGAGAGAGGAAGAGAUAUCGUGUAAAUAGAAAAUGUUAGAAGUAGCGGAAUUACUACAAGUAUAAGUUUAGGGCUAAGAUUUAAAAGAGAAAAAAAGGAAAAGUUUUAAAUGAAAGAUGUUUUAAAAGUACCUUUUAAGAACUUCAAUAGACAGAUAGGUAAAUACUAACGCAGCAUCUGAAGUAAUGUAUUACAUAAAAUCUAGAUUUUUAUUGAAUAUUGUUAAUAUACCACUAAGAAGAAAAAAUAAAAUGCAUGUUUAGAAGCAAAAGAAAAA